AUGUCAACUUCUCAGAACCCACAUAAAUCCAAAUUUUUGCAGAAUGUCCAAUCACAACCUCAACGAUAUCUUGGCUCAAUGUUACUCGAACCUCGAAGUUUAUUCAUAAUGACAGAUGAAGCUUAUUCAACAAUGCUUCAUGGAAUUUGUGAACGAAAAACUGAUUAUAUUGAUGAACAUUGUUUCAAUGCUUCGCCUGAACAGAUGAACCAAGUUUUGACACGGGGAACAAGGUGAUUUUUUGUUUGAAAAAUUGAUCUUGAUAGCUGAAAAUGGAGCGGAUCUAAAAUUUGAAAUACCAUCUAUGAAAUUUGCAAUUUUUAAUCUGGAAAAAAUUUUUAGAAGGCAUUUCAAGUUAGAAUUUUUAAAUUGAAAAAUGGAAAUAUUUUGGAUUUAAAAAAAUUACACAGCUCAAAAUUCAACUUUUCAAAUUCUGAAUAGCUCUGAACAUUUUAACGUUUCCAGAUAGUUAGAAAUUGGGAAUCUGGAAAGAAAAUUUUAGGCGAAAUAUACUACCUUAAUUUUUUCCAUUUCGAAGUUAAAUUAUACCAUAAAAUUUGUAUAUUUACAAAAAAAACCCUUUUAAUUUUUCAGAAUCUCAAUAACCGUUCGAAAUGUGGAAAAGAUCUCGAAAUUAAGUGUAACUGAUAUGCUUUUCAAGAAAUAG